UAUAAAUUCUAACUUCUACGAUUGGCCGAUUGGCCUUUAGCUUUCCAAUUCGAAGUUCCAUCCGCCCACCUCCCUCCCUCUGCUAUCGAUUAGCUCUUAAAAAGGAGAAGAGGACAAGAGGAAGAAGAUGGUUGCUGCCGCCGGUGAGGGAGCCGCAGGUACAGUUAUAACAACGCGGCCGAGGAGGAGCGUGGUUUUCACGUACGGCACCCUAAAGCGGGGGUUUGGGAACCACGCCUUAAUGGAGGAGCUGACGAGAAGCGGAGAUGCCGUAUUCUUGGGCAGCUACCGAACCCAAGAAAAGUAUCCGCUGGUGUGCGGGCCCUACCGGGUGCCAUUUCUCCUCAACCUUCCAGGAUCGGGUGAGCGGGUAACGGGGGAGUUGUACGGCGUGUCGAGUGGCGGGCUGGCUCGCAUGGAUGAGUUGGAGGGCACGAGUCGCGGUCACUACGAGAGGCUGCCCAUAAAGCUGGUGGUCCUGGACGAGGGGGAGACGGAGGAAGCGGAGGCGUAUUUUGCGCACAGCAGCUACGCAAGGGAGCUGUGGAUGAAGAACGGGAGGAGGGGUUUGUGCGCGUAUUCGGAGAAAGAAGCGCGCGGGUACGUGAAGCGCAAUGAAAGGCCGCAGCAUCUCACCUUUCUCGACCACAUUCAUCUGUUUGUGUCCUCCGCCUCCGACGAACCAUCAGAUUCAUCAGAUCCAUUGACUUUCAAUUAAUGAGACGCAUUGAAUUUGAAUCGAAGGGAUUGUAUUCAAUUGAGAUCAAUGAAUUCAGAGUAUCUAAUUAGGAUUUUAAGUGAUUCUCUGAAAUCCAAUAUGUAUUAAAUCAGGAUUUCAAGAUAGUUUA